AUGAUCCAAACCCCAAGAAAAUUUCCACAUCCGUUACACAAUUUCAAUCAAUGUACUCAGAACAAUAAAAGAUUCGUAUCGGGUGUUAUAGCAUUCACAGCAAUUGACAAAUCAUCAAAAUACCCAAGAUCUUCGAAUAUGGUACAUAAGUUGGGAAAACUACGGGUUCCAUUAUUAAAGAGCCCAUAUUAUUUUGGGCAUUUCACUUCACGGGUUAAUCGAUUGUAUAAUGAAGAUAAAUACAGCGCCAAUGUUUUGACAUUGCCAGAAGAUAGAACAGUAUUCAAUUUCAAUAUAUUUGAUGGACAUGGAGGAGAGCAAUGUUCGACGUUUUUGAAAGAUAAUUUAUCUCAAGAGAUUGAAAAUGCUAAUGAACUUAGCCAAGAAGAUAACUCAAGUGUCAGAAACGAACUCGCGAAGUCAUAUUGGAAGAAUAUUGGUGGCUACUGGAAGAGAUGGUAUAAGCACAAGGAUGCCAAUUUCGAGGCGAUGCUGCCAGAAAAUAACUCUAUGAAGUUGACGAACAUCAAGCACACUCAAGAUGAUUUAAGUUUGAGGUUGCCCUUAUCAUUUUUGGAGACAGACUAUAAAUUCUUCAAGGAUGAAGAUAAGUCUGGCUCCACAUGUACAUCAGCAUUCCUCGAAACUAUUUACUCGGAAUCCACAGAAGCCGAUUCAUCCUUUGAAAAAUAUUAUUUCAAUAGAAACACGAUAUCUAAGCUUACGAUUGCCCAGGUAGGCGACACACGAGCUAUUCUUGUUGACAAGAAUGGACAGGCCCAUGCAUUGACUCAAUCACAUCACCCAUCCAAUCCAACAGAGUCCAAAAGAUUAAGAAAAUAUGCUGCAAACUUCUUCAUGACCGAUUCGUUUGGAGAGGAAAGAUUUAUUGCAUUAGCGAAUACUAGAGCGUUUGGUGACGUAUCCUAUAAGGAAAUGGGGGUCACCUCCGAACCAGACGUGAUUCAGCUAAUAGUCGGUGAUAAUACUGCAAUAAAGAAACAACUAACUGCCGAGGAAAUCAAGAAUUAUACCGUGGGUGCGUUAGGAGGUGACGAAAGCUUCCUAGUAUUAUGUACCGAUGGUGUAACAGAUAUCUUGACCGACCAGGAAAUUGGCGAUAUUGUCAUGGUGCACUAUAAUAUGAAAGGACACCCUAAAGCGUCACCACAGCUUUGUGCUGAAGAAGUCGUCAAAUUUGUGGAGUAUGUUGGUGGUGACGAUAAUGCAACAUGCUUAGUUAUCAGACUAAAUGGGUGGGGUUCAUGGCCAAUCUCAGAUAGAACUGGUCAAUUAAGACAAGAACGAAUGAAAGAUUACAGCCCUAGAGGCGAAAGGGUAUGA